CCUGUCUCAAAUUCUGAACACAACCAGGGGACUGCCUCACAUAUAUGCAGCAGAUGUCCCAGUGACCAUAUCCUGCUGCACUCUCUGCAGAACUCCCUGCCAUCAUGGUGCGAACGACACCCCUGGCCGGGGACGGUCGCCCUUCAUCGAGUGGCCCUUCCCUACCACAGAGCCCUACCGUGGCAGCUUCUGUUGGCCUUCCACUAGUCGAUAGGCCACUCUCAGCAACAUCUCGACUGGACGGGGAGAGGAUGGGUUCUUUGAACCCUAUUGCUACAGCCCGAGCCUCCCAAAACGACGAAGCGAAAAUUUAUCUCGAGCUCCAGGAUGGCCAGAUCUUCGAAGGUCUGAGUUUCGGUGCUUCCAAAAGCAUAUCUGGAGAAUUGGUCUUUCAAACUGGAAUGGUCGGAUACCCGGAAUCUGUGACAGAUCCUUCUUACCGUGGACAAAUCCUAGUCAUUACUUUCCCUCUGGUCGGCAAUUAUGGCGUCCCUUCUCGAGAAACUAUGGAUGAAUUGCUUGGUAAUCUACCAAAGCACUUCGAAUCCGACCAGAUUCACAUUGGUGGACUCGUUGUCGCCUCGUAUGCAGGCGAAGCUUACUCUCAUCACCUAGCGACAUCGUCACUUGGCGCAUGGCUGAAGGAACAGGGUGUCCCAGCCAUGUACGGCGUCGAUACUCGAGCUCUGACGAAGAUCAUUCGGGAAGAAGGCAGCAUGCUUGGCCGCAUGUUGUAUGCUUCUCCAGCCUUGCAGGGAAAGCUCUCCAAUGGCAUCAAAUCAGAUUCGCAACAUAGUGGUGAGGUUAUGAUGGGCCCUCUCAGCUGGCGAGCUGAAGUUGAACCGGUAGAAUGGCAUGAUCAGAACAAAAGAAACUUGGUCGCAGAAGUGUCUGUCAAGAAACCUCGAGUAAUCUCUCCUCCAAAGAGCAGGGCGCUGCUACAUCCCUCGGGGAGACCAGUCCGUGUACUGGUCGUAGAUGUUGGUCUCAAGUACAACCAGUUGCGAUGUCUCUUGGCUCGUGGGGUUGAAGUACUAGUUGUGCCAUGGGACUAUAAUUUCCCAGAAUUGGCUGGAAAAGACUAUGACGGCUUGUUUAUCUCCAAUGGUCCUGGUGACCCGGCAAUGAUGUCGACCACAGUGAAGCAUAUCUCAGCAGCCAUGUCUGAAGGACGAACACCAAUCUUCGGUAUCUGUCUCGGUCAUCAGCUCCUUGCCCGUGCCGCGGGAGCCAGUACUUUGAAGAUGAAAUUCGGUAACCGUGGUCAUAACAUUCCAUGUACCAACCUGUUGUCUGGCCGCUGCUAUAUCACUUCUCAGAAUCACGGAUUCGCGGUCGAUUCUAUGACGCUGCCUGACGGCUGGGAAGAAUUGUUUGUUAAUGCAAACGACGGUAGCAACGAGGGCAUUCGUCACAUCUCUCGUCCGUACUUCAGUGUCCAAUUCCACCCGGAAUCAACCCCUGGACCUCGAGACACCGAGUUCCUUUUCGACGUCUUCAUCGAUGCCAUCAUGAAGAGCGUCGCCUCAGUCGAGGCUCUGGUUCGACCUGUCACGUUUCCCGGUGGUACCGUUGAGGAAAAUGAAAAAGCGCAUCCACGAGUCAAGGUCAAGAAAGUUCUUGUUCUCGGCAGUGGAGGUCUCAGUAUUGGUCAAGCUGGAGAAUUCGACUAUUCCGGUAGUCAGGCAAUCAAAGCUCUGAAACAAGAAGGCAUUUACACUAUUCUCAUCAAUCCAAAUAUUGCCACCAUCCAGACCUCCAAAGGCUUGGCAGACAAGGUCUACUUUCUUCCGGUCAAUGCGGAUUUCGUCCGUAAAGUCAUCAAGCACGAACGACCAGAUGGAAUCUAUUGCACUUUUGGCGGACAAACUGCCCUUCAAGUUGGUAUUCAGCUAAAGGACGAAUUUGAAGGUCUCGGAGUCCGGGUUCUGGGAACGCCGAUCGACACUAUCAUCACGACCGAAGACCGUGAGCUGUUUGCAAGAAGCAUGGAAUCUAUCGGCGAGAAAUGUGCCAAGUCCGCGUCUGCUUCAAGCCUCGAAGAGGCCAUGCGUGUUGUUGAAGACAUUGGCUUCCCAGUCAUUGUCCGAGCCGCUUACGCACUAGGUGGUCUCGGUAGUGGAUUUGCUGACAAUACUGAGCAAUUACGAGACUUGUGUACCAAGGCCUUCGCUGCCAGUCCUCAAGUUCUCAUUGAGCGGAGCAUGAAGGGUUGGAAGGAAAUCGAGUACGAAGUUGUCCGAGACGCCCGUGACAAUUGUAUCACCGUUUGCAACAUGGAGAACUUUGAUCCUCUCGGCAUCCAUACUGGAGACUCUAUCGUCGUCGCCCCUUCGCAAACUCUAUCGGAUGAAGAUUACAACAUGCUCCGCACAACAGCUGUCAAUGUCAUCCGACAUCUCGGCGUUGUUGGAGAAUGUAACAUUCAAUACGCGCUCAACCCUUUCUCGAAGGAAUACUGCAUCAUUGAAGUCAAUGCUAGACUUUCUCGAUCCUCGGCUCUUGCUUCGAAAGCCACAGGGUAUCCUCUGGCUUUUAUUGCAGCAAAGCUUGGAUUGAACAUACCACUCAACGAGAUCUCUAACUCGGUUACCAAAAAGACUUGUGCCUGCUUCGAACCGUCGCUGGAUUACGUGGUUGUCAAGAUCCCCAGAUGGGAUUUGAAGAAAUUCACACGAGUCUCUACUCAGCUUGGGUCCUCCAUGAAGAGUGUCGGUGAGGUCAUGGCAAUUGGCAGAACGUUUGAAGAGGCCAUACAGAAGGCCAUUCGAUCGGUCGACCUCCACAAUCUUGGUUUCUCUGAUAUUUCCAAUCCUUUGAUGUCUGUUGACGAUGAACUUCAGACUCCCUCUGAUCAGCGAAUGUUUGCCAUCGCCAAUGCCAUGCAUGCUGGCUACAGUGUGGACAAGAUCUGGGAAAUGACCAAGAUCGACAAGUGGUUCUUGUCAAGGCUGAAAGGGCUAAGCGAUUUUGCAAAACUAAUGUCCAAGUACAGCACGUCCACGAUUUCGCCAUCUUUGUUCCGUCAAGCUAAGCAACUUGGUUUCUCGGACAGACAGUUGGCUCGCUACUGGAACUCAAAUGAGCUCGCAGUUAGGCUUUUGAGAGCGGAAGCCGGCAUUCACCCUGUUGUCAAACAGAUCGAUACUGUUGCAGCAGAAUUCCCAACCUACACCAACUACCUCUAUCUUACAUACAAUGGCAUGGCAAGCGACGUUACAUUUGAAGAUCAUGGCAUCAUGGUUCUAGGAUCUGGUGUCUAUCGCAUCGGCUCCUCGGUGGAAUUUGAUUGGUGUUCAGUCAGAGCGAUUCGAACCCUUCGACAAGAAGGAUACAAGACCAUUAUGUGUAACGAUAAUCCAGAGACUGUUUCCACAGAUUACGACGAGGCUGACAAGCUUUACUUUGAGAACAUCAACCUCGAGACUGUGCUAGACAUUCAUCAACUUGAGUCAGCCAAUGGAGUGGUUAUAUCAAUGGGUGGUCAAGCGCCAAACAAUAUUGCCCUGCAAUUGAGCAGACUGAACAUCAAAAUUCUUGGAACCUCGCCAGAUAUGAUUGACUCUGCAGAAAAUCGGUACAAAUUCUCUCGAAUGCUCGACCGCAUCGAUGUUGAUCAACCAGCUUGGAAGGAAUUGACUAGCAUUGAGGAAGCACUGGAGUUUUGCGCAAAGGUGAAAUACCCUGUCCUAGUACGCCCGUCUUAUGUGUUGUCUGGGGCUGCGAUGAACACAGUAUAUUCCAAGGAUGAUCUGGCUAGCUAUCUUAAUCAAGCUGUGGAUGUGUCCCGAGAACACCCUGUUGUCAUUACCAAGUACAUCGAGAAUGCCAAGGAGAUCGAGAUGGAUGCUGUGGCCAAAGAUGGUGUCAUGACUGGCCACUUCAUCUCUGAACAUGUCGAAAAUGCAGGUGUCCACUCUGGAGAUGCUACGUUGAUCUGUCCCCCACAAGAUCUUGAGCCUGAAACAAUCGCCCGAAUUGAAGAAGCUACUCGCAAGAUUGGCAAUGCCUUGAACGUCACUGGCCCUUUCAAUAUCCAAUUCAUUGCGAAGGACAACGAGAUCAAAGUCAUCGAAUGCAAUGUCCGAGCGUCGAGAUCCUUUCCAUUUGUUUCCAAAGUCAUGGGAGUGGACUUGAUCGAAAUGGCCACAAAGGUUAUGAUGGGCAGACCCGUCACACCAUACCCACCCGUUGACAUUCCUGCCGAUUACGUCGGUGUGAAAGCUCCACAAUUUUCAUUCUCUCGAUUGUCUGGUGCCGACCCUGUUUUGGGUGUUGAAAUGGCAUCCACUGGUGAAGUUGCCUGCUUCGGCCGUGAUCGCUACGAAGCCUAUAUCAAAGCAACUAUCUCGACAGGCUUUAAACUGCCAGAGAAGAAUAUUCUUCUCUCUAUCGGAUCUUUCAAGGAUAAGAUGGAGAUGCUCCCUUCCGUUCGCAAGCUACACCACAUGGGCUACAACCUUUUCGCAACUUCUGGAACAGCUGAUUUCCUUGAGGAGCAUGGCAUCAAAGUGAAAUACCUUGAAGUGCUUGGCAGUGACGAGAAGGAGCAGAAAUCCGAGUACUCGCUGACGCAGCAUCUGGCAAACAACAAGAUCGAUUUGUACAUCAACUUGCCCUCAAGCAAUCGAUUCAGAAGACCGGCCAACUACAUGAGCAAGGGUUAUCGAACUCGCCGUAUGGCAGUCGACUAUCAGACUCCAUUGAUCACGAAUGUCAAGAUUGCGAAGAUCCUUAUUGAAGCCCUUGCUAGGCACUAUGAUCUUAGCAUCCACAACAUUGACUUCCAGACUAGCCAUCGUACUGCUGUGCUUCCAGGCCUGAUCAAUGUGGCGGCGUUUGUCCCUGGGGUGGCGCGGAAGGGUUCGCAUGACUUCGCUCUCGUCACCAAAGCCUCUAUAGCAGCUGGAUUCAGCAUGAUUCGGGUCAUGCCCGUAGGCAUCGACAGUGCCAUAACCGAUGUUCGCUCCUUGAAGAUUGCUCAGCAAAAUGCCGAGGCGGGAUCAUAUUGCGACUUCAACUAUUCCGUUGCAGCAACGGACUCUAAUUCCGAGCAGAUCGUACACGUCAAAGGAGAAGUUGGUUCAUUGUUUAUUCCAUUCAAUCAUCUCGCUGGAAAUAUCAACAAGGUCGCGACUGUGACUGCUCACUUCGGAACCUGGCCUGAAUACAAGCCGAUUGUGACUGAUGCGAAGACUACGGAUCUGGCUUCUAUCCUCCUUCUGGCGAGUCUCCAUGACAGGAAAGUCCAUGUCAUGAAUGUGACCUCCAAAGACGAUAUUAGUCUGAUUGCGCUGUCCAAAGAAAAAGGUCUCAAGGUCACGUGUGAUGUAUCAAUCUACAGCCUGUUCCUUUCUCAAGCCGACUACCCCGACUGCCCGGCAUUGCCAACGGCUGUGGAUCAGAAAGCGUUGUGGGAUCAUCUGUCCACUAUUGACGUGUUCUCGGUUGGCAGUAUUCCUUAUCAGAUCGCAGGCGACCAUGCUGUGCCCACUGUGGGCUUGGCUGAUGCUCUUCCAUUGCUGCUGACAGCAGUUGCCGAGGGAAGAAUGACAAUGGAAGAUGUUACCACACGCCUUCAUGACAACCCAAAGACUAUCUUCGAAUUGCAUGACCAGAACAACACCUCCAUAGAAGUCGACAUUAACCGCCAAUAUGUUCUUCAAGCUGGGUCUGCCUGGUCACCUUUUGUAGGCAAAACACUUCGCGGUGCAAUUUCCAGAGUGAUCUUUCAGGGGAAGACAGCUUGUCUUGAUGGAGAGCUCUCACUUGAUGGCCCAAGAGGUGCAGAUAUGUCUUCUCACCUCCUCGCCCCUACGACUCCAGCCGUGGGUCCGACAUCUCCCACUUUGCGAGCUCAAGCAGACACUCCGAUCGAUCGCCGUCCAUCCCUGUUCGAAACCACAGCCAACAGGAGGGUUUCGACUACCACACGAAGCCGCCCAAUCACUCGAGCACGCAACAUGGACGAUGUGCUCGAGGACACGAACACUCCUGUUCUACCGACGGCACCCUUCCGCCAACCUGCAGCUCCAUCAUCCAUCUCACCAUCGUUGCUCUCCCUCUUGGCGUCGUCCCCCUUCAAGAACCGUCACGUGCUGUCCGUUAAGCAGUACACUCGACAAGAGCUUCACAUCUUAUUCACUGUGGCCCAGGAAAUGCGUCUAGGUGUUCAGAGACAAGGCAUACUCCCAAUCCUGCCUUCCAAGGUGUUGUGCACAAUGUUCUACGAACCAAGCACUCGUACUUCGGCGUCCUUUGAUGCCGCUAUGCAACGAUUGGGUGGUCGAACCAUUGCAAUCAACACAGAUCAUUCGAGCACGCAAAAGGGUGAAACAUUGCAAGACAGUAUCCGCACUCUCGGCUGCUACGGUGACGCGGUAGUCCUUCGCCACCCAGACAACGAAUCCGCGGUGACGGCCGCCAAAUUCUCACCGGUCCCAAUUAUCAACGGAGGAAACGGUAGCCGAGAACACCCGACACAGGCAUUCCUGGACUUGUUCACCAUUCGAGAGGAGCUUGGCACGGUGACUGGUCUGACUGUCACUUUUACCGGUGAUCUCAAAUACGGCCGGACUGUGCAUUCAUUGGUCAAGUUGCUCCAGUACUAUGAAGUCAGAAUCAACUUGGUUGCGCCGAAGGAUCUUGCCCUCCCCGAAGACGUCCGGGAGCAGAUCGUUUCCUCUGGCCAGCUUGCUAUCGAAUCUGAAACUCUGACACCAGAGAUCGUGGCGAAGAGCGACGUUCUCUACUGCACCAGAGUCCAAAAAGAACGCUUCUCCAGCCUCCAAGAAUAUGAACGUCUCAAGGACAGUCUGAUUGUGGACAACAGUGUUUUGAAGUAUGCCAAGUCGAGUAUGGUUGUCAUGCACCCUCUCCCUCGCAACCGAGAGAUCAGCGAAGAGGUGGACUUUGACCAGCGUGCGGCAUACUUUAGACAGAUGCGGUACGGACUUUACACAAGGAUGGCCCUGUUGGCUCUGGUGCUUGCCUCGUGAGGGUGAGAUUCAGAUUGAUUGGAAGGAAACUUUUCAUUUGUUGGAAUCAUUUGCAAACAUUGGGGACCGAAAGAUGACAGAAAAAAAAAAGCUAGAUUGUACCAAGGUCUGGAGUUGGUUGAGAUUUAGACAAAAACGAAAAGUAGAUUUUUAAAACUGGUACAAAGUAGGCACUGUUAAUGAUUGGUGUCGUGUACGAGUGUGAUUGACGAC